AUGUCUACGGUUCCAGAUGUCUGUACACUUGUGUGGCCUUUCAUUGACAAGCGGGAUACUGCGGGUGAUGAGGACGGCUGGUUGAUUGGAUGGAAUCCCCGUGGAUUGGUGGUGGUCGUCGUAAUGGUGGUUCGCAGUCCAGCCAUUGAAGACGCACUGCGGACAUUAAAAGAAAUGAAAGGCCACGCCGGGGUUGUGGGUAGUAGCAGUUGCAACAGCAGUAGUAGUCGAGAUGAUUAUUCAUAUGGAGGGACAAAACAUCAUUCACAGCAGGAAGAACAUGAACAACGUGGUAUUCCUAGUGCUGCCUCAUUACUUGUUCUUGGACGUCUGGUAUCUUCCACAUCUAGGCCUCAUUUAGAUGUGGAAGAUCGAGUUAGAGAACGUGCAGAUAGAUGGGUGCGGACGGAACGACAAUUGAGUGAUAUUUGGCUAGAACUUAAUAGAGGACCUGUGCUUGAUCAAGUAUGGUGUUGUGGAUACCGAGUACAACCAUGUCACCUGCACGUUAUCCGCACAGAUCCAAAAAUUCGUUACUCUGUCUCACCAACAGUGUAUAGUGCUACAUCACGUUUUGGAUGUAAUGGUAUAGAUGCACUCUUGCAAGGAAGAAAACCUCUCUGUAUUUCAGGAUCUCACUCCACAUUAGAGGGUGUGUUGUUACCACCACAUAUGAUUCCUUUAGCAGGACCAUGUACAAAAGUAUCCUUCAGAAUUGAUGAAAAUAGUGCAACACAUAAUUCAUCAAGACGUAUAAAAGAAGAGAAAGAAGAGAUUGUGGAUAGUAAUACUUCUAUGGAUGAUGUAGCUAAUACUACUCCAACUAAUACUAGUAGCAGUAUUACACGUAGAGAUAGAGAAAAAGGAGAUACACAAAGUUUUUCUCCUGAUCUAUAUCAUGAAUUAUCACCACUACCUCCACCACCUCCAGUUAAUGGAUUACCUCCACGAUUGAAUUUUCCUACAAGUGCAGACUAUGCUGAACUUAGUCUUCUUUUAAGUGCCAAUAACUUUGCUCAAGUCUUACGUGAAUCUUUUGAACUUAGAGAAAAAAAUGAAAAGUCUGUAAAAAAAAAUACUUCAGGUAAGUGGGUUUCAUGGGAAGCACAUUUACAUGCAUUUAUUGGUAUGUUAGUAACAUUAUUAUUGUUUUUUGUACCUAUACUAACGUGGUUUGGAAAAGUUUCCUAUACUGCCGCAUUAUUAGAGUUUCGUUUACGUGAAAUUAUUCAUUGGCUUGCUCUAUUACAAGGACGUACACAUGUUUGUGGUCUUCAUCCUGUUUUACCUCAUAUGCAGCAUGAAGAUCCUGCAUUCCUUCGAUUUUGUCUUAUAAACUUUCUCUCUCGUGUUGUAGUAGAUGGACUACUUGGAACUGUAUGUAGUUUACUUUUGGCUGUUGGUGGAAAGGCAUUGGUGACAAAAUCUAGUGAUUUUUGUAGAACUUUCCUUUAUGAUAUACAUAUGGGAUACAUGGAUUGGUUUGAAGGAUGGCCUGCAGGUCUCAAAAUGAAUGAAGACCUUAAUAUGACCUUAUGUUUUUUUGCUAAACUAAUGCUUCAGACGAGUUGGGAUUUUGCAGUAAAUUUCAACUGGGUUGAAAUUGUAUACAAACUUCUUGUCUAUAUUUCCCUUUGUGGUGCCAGUUGUGCCUUUGCCCUCCUCUCUGAUGUUUGCGUGUUGGUAUCGCUCCAUCUUAUAUUGCUCUCUCAUGCCAUUUCCGUCCCUUACCGUGUGAUGGUGUCGACCAUGCAUAGUCUCUACCUGCAGUUCCGCGGCAAGAAGUACAACCCCCUCCGUCGACGAACGGACGCCUACGACUUUGAGGUGGAUCAGAUGCUGAUGGGCACGCUGCUCUUCACCGUGACGGUCUUUCUCUUCCCCACCCUCGCCACUUAUCACGUUUACUUUGCGCUCGUCCGCGGGGCGACCCUCGCCGCCCAGGCCGCCCUCACCGCCGCCGCCCACCUCACCCUCUACCUCCCCCUCGCCCCCCUCCUCUGCUGGGCCACGCAGCGACACGGCGGCGGCGGCGUCGCCCUCAGCACCCCGAAGGUCACGCACGUCCGGCACCACGCCAACACCGCCGGGCCCACGCAGAGGGCCUCCACCACAGUCGAAGUAACAGUUCUCGCAAAGCCCAUACAGCUGCGGCUCUUGCUGGGGGACUUUUUGCUCGUCCUGCACACAUUCGCAAAGCUUUGGCCACGACCUUUGCUCACAGUCUUCUGUAAUGCGGAGGACCCGGAUGUAACACCACCGGUGGAGCAGCUCAUUCCACAUCUUCGCAAAGACUGCGUCCACGCAAACGUAAGGAUGUUCACACAACCAGAAACAGCAGCAUCAGUAUCAGCAUCGGCAUCGGCAUCAACAACAACAGCCACAACAUCAAAAACAGUAGGGAAAAACAUAACCACACCAUCAGCAAAAGCAACAAUGUCAAUGUCAGCUUCAGGGGCAAGUUCUAUUGUAAGAUAG